CUGCCUCUCUCUCCUCCGCUCAACUUAAAUACCGGACAAGGGCUGAUCUCGACCGCAUCGUCAUCCUGCGCCAGCCAACGGAUUCGCAUCGCACCACACUCAAGGAGGAGUCUCUACGCUUGACCACCACUCGCCGAGCCUCGUCCCUCCCCUCUCUCCCCCUUGGUCGCGCCAACACCCUCCCCCCCUUUUUACCCCUCUCUACCGUGAGAAUCCCCGUGCCCCGAACGAGCAUCUUAGAAAACCCGCCGUGAGCCGUGUCACUGCGCGUUUGCUCCGGGGCGGAACAGGGGGAAAUAAUUCCACACCAUCAAAAUCACGGAGCGGCACAUGAGCAGUAAACUGUGGCAGUAUUUCCUCCAGGAUGACGUCGAAGGCUUCAAAGGGCUUCUGGCAAACGCCAGUUACUCGCAGGGAAAUAAGAAUGGAGCAAUCCUCGCCGUCACCUCCUCCAAAUUCAGUAUCAGCCCCGGCGCCGCCUUAGGAUCCUCGCCCAGCCCUGCUUCAUCCAAAAUAAAGCGAUUCCCCGGAUCGUUCGCGACCUCUCCGCUGCAGGAAAGACCGCCCUUCCCGCAAGCUCCCUCGGUCGUCCUCACGCGGGCUGACGUGAAUGCCCGGGACCAACAUGGGCGCACGCUCCUACACCUCGCUGCGUCGUCCCAGAAAGAGUCGGCUUUAGAGUUCGCGCAUGCCCUCCUCGAGGUUCCCUUGCUCGAUAUAUACGCACAGGACGCGGAGAGUGGCUGGACGGCCUUGCAUCGGGCCCUCUAUGCGGGAAAUGCGACGAUUGCACAGGCUCUGAUCGCACGGGAUCUCAAGGACGCUACAAGCUUCCGAGCAUCUAGCGGAGCGCAUCACCUCUCCGGUGGGCUCAUCAAGAUAAAGGAUCGGGAAGGAAACAGCCCAUUCGACCUGUUUGGCUCGACGAUCGUGGCGCGAGACAUAAAUGAGACCUCCGAAGCUGCUUUGCUCUCUGGAGACGACACGUCGACCGCAGAUUCAUCCGCCUUUGAUGACACCGAGAGAAAUGUCUCUCGAGGAAAGUUGAAGCCGCUUGUAAACGUCUUGGGAGACGAGAUUUUCACGUUCGGCAGUAACAAGAAUCUUUCUCUCGGCAUUGGAGACGGAGAUGACCGGCAGUUUCCGGAACGGAUCCAUUUGACUCGUCCCGACCAUCUCCUUUACAGGUUCUAUCACGAGCGUGAGGCUCUGAGGGAAGAGCAGGGUAUGAAAGCGACUGAUGGAAGGAUUGAUGCUGGGUUUGCCGACGAACUGCCCAUGAAGAUCCGCAGUCUGCCGAUGGUUUUCCAAGAUGUUGUAAUGUCCAAGCUGCAUACCGCUAUCCUUACCAAUGACCCAGAAUCGAACCUAUACAUGUGUGGGUUCGGGCCUGGUGGGAGAUUAGGCACAGGCGACGAAGCUACCAGAUUCAAUUUUGUCUGCAUUGAAGGAGGAGGAAUAGCGGGGAAAAAGAUCAUCAACGUCGCCCUGGGCCAGGACCACUCCAUUGCAAUUUCGGACCUGGGAGAAGUAUUCACUUGGGGCAGCAAUAAGUACGGACAGCUUGGCUACAGUCUCCCGCGCACGAACCAAAAGGACGAUUCACCCGUCCAAACUACCCCAAGACAGAUUUUUAACCCGUUCAAGAAGGAAACUAUUAUCGGUGCUGCGGCUUCCGCCAUCCAUUCCGUCGUCUAUACAUCGACCUCCAUCUACACUUUUGGGAAAAAUGAAGGGCAACUUGGCCUGAUAGAUGCUGAUGCGCGUUCGCUCGAGAUGCAAGUGAUCCCGCGAAAGGUUGGCGCAUCACUUUUCAACCAGUCCAUUUUUAUGGUAUCAGCUAUCGAUCGUGCAACAGCAGUUCUUUUAGAGAAUCAUGAAGUGUGGGUUUUCACCCAUUAUGGGUACUCCAAGCUCACUUUCCCUCUCGAUGGUGCCUCUUCUUUCAUUAAGGAUAGCUUCUCGGCCACAAGAUAUGGGCUCUCCGCUAAUUUCGUCACUAAAAUCAGCGGUGGUGGAAAUACAAUCUGUGCCCUGUCGAGUUUUGGAGAGGUGUAUACCGUGAAUGUCAACCGGAAAGCGGACACGCAUUCUGUUUCGUCUUCGACGACGAAUCCGUCUAAGAUCAGAAACUCGCUUCCCCAGCCUUCGCGUGUGUGGUCCCUCAGAAAAUCGCACAUGGCAGUGCGAGACGUCGACGUCGGCCAGGACGGUUCGAUCAUCAUAUGCACCGAGUCUGGCUCGGCGUGGCGGAAAGAACCCCGAAGUCGUUUGAAGGAUACGGGAACCAUUACAUUUGGCGAACGUCAGACCAAGGACUACAAAUUCGUUCGCAUCCCUGGUUUGUCUCGGGUGGUUGCGGUUAGAAGCAAUGCUUUUGGAGCGUAUGCUGCUGCCCAGCGUGGUUACGAUGUGACCAAAACUCAAAUCGUUGUGGAAGAUCGUACAAUUUGGCAUGACAUUUGGCCUCUUUUACCGUUUAAAGAUCUUCUUAGUAGGCACGUUCUUGAGGACAUUAUGGCUCCAGCCAGCAUUACCGGUACACCAAAUGGAAUUGGGCUGGACGCCCAAAGGGUUUUGUUGCCGACUGAACUUGAGGAUGAGUUGAAGGAAACGCUGCAGGUUCAUAAUCCCCUAGAUGGAUUCCCAGCGCUUGUUUGGGUUUCGUCAACUUCCUCGGAUGCUCGAAUCCCGGUCCAUGAAUUCGCACUCGCCGCCAGAAGUCCCGUCCUUAGACAUGCGCUUUCGGAAUUCCGCAAAUCGUAUUACUAUUCAGUUCCUGAUCUCCUUUCAAUUGAGUACGACAGUGAUGGACAAGCUCAUAUCCAACUCCAAAACUUUGACAUCCUGUCCGUCUUUAACCUUGUUUUAUUCAUUUACACCGACCACACGUAUAGCGUCUGGAACCGAAUUAGACACGAUGCGAACAACGCCCCAAGGUACCGCCAAGUACGCCUUGAAGUGAUCAAGCUAGCGACACAGCUUGAUCUAAAGAGCCUCGAAAGGGCUGCAAGGUUGAUGAUACCGCCGAAGCCAUGUUUGAACCUUGACAUGGAGCAUGCAAUUUUAGAACCUACCUUUUUUGACAGUGGGGACGUGAUAAUUGACCUCUACAGUGGAGAAGUCAGAGCUCACGGGCCUAUUCUUUGUCAGCGGUGUCCUUUCUUCGAUGCGUUGUUUAACGGUCGAGCUGGCGGUCGCUGGCUAUCGUCUCGGAAAGAAAGGUUCUCCGACUCUGUUGACGUAAUCCGCGUCGAUCUCAAGCAUAUUGACCCGGGAAUAUUCAAAUUUGUGCUGCGUCACAUAUACGCGGACACCGAUGAUGACCUUUUUGAAGAUGUCCAAACUAACAAUUUGGAUGACUUUAUUGAUAUCAUCAUUGAUGUUAUGUUCGUUGCGAAUGAACUUAUGAUUGAUAGGUUGGCGCAUGUCUGUCAAAAGUUGCUAGGAAGUUUUGUUGAUAUACGGAAUGUGGUUCCUUACUUGAAUGCGGUCGCUCCUUGUUCCGUCCCCGCUUUCAAACGAGCUGCACUCGAGUAUAUUUGUCUCAAUCUCGAGGUUAUUCUUGAAAACAGGCUUCUUGACAGGCUGGAUCCCGACUUGUUUGAUGAGCUCAAUGAAACCUGUCGUCAAAACCAGAUGACCUGCCAGCCAAUCUCAAGAUGGAGGAAUACCGAAGAGUAUGUAAUAGAGAAGUAUCCGGAGAUAGUAUCGCGACUUGAACAGGAUAAGCAGCGUCGAAUCGAUUCUAUGAGGUUGCGCUCUCACUUAUAUGAAGAUGAAGAACGGGAGGAGAAAUUCAAAGUUGGAAGCACUGAGAAUCAUGGUUGCCUCUCACCUUCCGCGAAAAAGAAAUCGUCUCUUCAAAAUUUGAAUUCAAAAUCGUCCAUGGAGAGCCCCCUUCUUAAAUCAAAGCCAUCCGCCGGGGAUUUGAUAUUUCCUAUGGAUGACGAGGGGGUCCUCCCUUCCAGUGCUAUCCCUGCGGCUCACUAUACUCCGAACUAUAAACUCGAUACCGAUAGCCUAAAAUCCGCUAGCCAUGCCUUGUCAAGAGUAGCCGCAUCGGAUAGCGCUAAAUCUCCCUCCGUCAACGCUACUUCUCGAGUUGAGGGGCAUGCAACACCAGCUGUUAUAACGUAUGAGCCGAGCUCAGAUAAGAAUCACAGACCUGCCGGCGCCCCAUGGGGACCCUUCACAGCUACUCCAAGAGCGGGCUUAAAAGAUAUCAUGGCUGAAGCUGCAGGGUUCUCGAGUGCAUCAUUGUCGCAUUAUAUUAACUCGCGUCGCGAAACAGAUGCACCCCGACCUGCUCCCUCUAAGCUCUCACAAAAGGAACGAAAGAAAAUGAAACAGCAGCAGAUGCAGGAAGCUUCCACUGAAGCAGAGCCGUCCAAAACCGAAUCACCAUCGCCAUGGCAAAUUCCUCGGAGGAAGCUUCAAAGUCCUUUUACUGCAGAUAGAGAACAAGAGGAUCUGCCUUCGGUACCACGGCGAACGAGUAGCAAGGCCCCCUUAACUCUCCGCCAGACCGUCGCUGGAACACCGCCUCCUCCAUCAAAUGAUGAACCUGAGUCAUCGUCAUCCCCCAGCCUUAAACCCGGUACCAACCAACAUAAACCGGGAACGAAUACGAACACGGUACCCUCAACGACACCUAAAUUUUCUGCUUCACCCCCACUCCCCCUUGCCGCGAUUCUCGAACAGCAGCAGUUCGAGAAAGAUAUCAUUCGCGAAGCUGUAACAGCAAAACAUAACCUUCACGACAUCCAGAUCGAACAGGAGUUCCAGGAAUGGUGGGAUGCUGAGAGUAAGCGUGUGAUGGAGGAAGAAGCCGCUGCUAUCGCUGCAGCUGCAGCUGCUUCUGCUUCCACUAGUCGAACUAGGGGUAGCGGAAGAGGGAGGAGUAAAGGCAGAGCAGCAGGAGGAGCAGGCGGUGGUGGUAGUGGUGGUCGCGGACGUGGCCGCGAUUCCCGAACUGCGGAUAAAAAUAACACCGAACGGGCGACUUCUGCCCCCUCCGAGCCUCCUCCUGGCGCUGCUGGUGGCGAGCAUGCACGGUCUGGCCACCGUCAGCAGCGAAACGGGCGGACUAAUGAUCGUGGCAGGGGAAGUGGUCCGACCCGCUCUGGUGGCGCUGGUGGUCGUGGUUCUGGCCGUGGAAGAGGGAAAGCUUCACAAGCGCAGCAGUAGAGACUGGAAGGGGAAAAAAAGUUAAUUGCCGCCUUGGCUGCUUAUGAGAUGAGUCUUAUAAACAAAAAGCUAUCCGUUGCGGGGCAAAUUCUUUUGUACUAAUGCAUGGUGUUGAUAAUAUACUCCGUACGGAGUACCCCAUUCUCAUUUGCAAUACUGCUUCUGUAAAUACGUGUAUAGCUAUGUAUGUCUAUAGGUGUUGAAAGGGAGUUUCUUGAGGUGCUUGAUGAUAUUGACUUUGGGCACCUGUGUGGGGUUGAGGCUCGAGUACAAGUUUAAGGUGUAUUGUCGACGCCAUACAGUACUUACACAUGUAUCAUACAAACACUUCCACGAUUCUUCACAUAUUUCAGAGCUGAUCAGGAUGCGGCCCUUUGGGCUGCUCAAUGUUGAUUAAAAGGAAAAGAGGCUUGAAAGAGCAUGAGAGCGCUGGUAUAGCCCAUAUACAUAAUGCGCUCUGGAGCCAAA